AUGCACGGUGCAGGUCAACAUGGCAUUAAGGGACCAGUAGUGAACGUCUGUGUUGAUGUGGACGACAUGGUGACAAUGUUGCCUCGUGCCAUCGAACAAGACCGAGCCCUCAAAGUACAUUUGAAGCGGCGCAUGCUUGCGAAGACGACCUACCUGGCAGGGGCAGUAAAAAAAUGUGAUCUGCUGCCGUGGCUUAAGCUGCUGUGUGAUAGCACGCUGUACAAGCAUUAUAAUAUAAAGUGCGAUUUUGCCCGUUUGGGGGAUAUCGUAGAAGUGGACGAACACGACGAGAUCGAGUUGCUCCCGCAAUGCUCAGACCUCAACGAUCCGAUCCAAGUGGCUACAGCCAUGACUCUGGCUCAGCACACUCUCGUAUGGGACGAAGACAAGUUUCUAGCGAUUGCGCCAGGUGAGGGAAAAAGGCCCGUGAGCAUACUUUAUGACGAACACUCAGAGGAGCUUUCGUUCCCACAGAUCUAUCUCGGUGAGCCGCGCCGAGUAGAUGCCAGCGCAAAACCGACAGUCUUCACACACGCCAUGAGUGAGAUCCGCAGAUCAGACCGUCGAGGGGCCACCCCGCAGCACGUACUCUACAUGGCCAUGAAAGUGUUUAGGCACCGAGUAGCCGGUGACAUGUGUGUGGCCUUCCGUAACAUAAAGGCACUGGAAACACUAACGAAGCAACAGUUGCUCGACAAGGAUUUUGUGCAGCAAGCGGUCGAGCACGACAUGGCUUUCAUGCAUGGUAUUCCCAACACCGUGCAGUACUGGACAAAACGCAAGAAAGACCUCUUUGCUAUGAUACGGCAGUUGGGUAAGCCGACCGCGUUCCUCAGUCUUUCUGCCUCGGAAAUGCACUGGCCCGACCUUUUGCAGUUGCUUCAACGCCUUCGGUUGAAGCCCGGCGAGAUCGAAGUACCACUGGAGCAAAUGAACAGCAUUUAUCGAGCACAGCUAGUAAAUGACGAUCCCGUGGUGUGUGCCAUAUAUUUCGACCGAUUGGUGCGUGUCAUUCUCAACAUUCUCCGCAACACCCGUGUAUCGCCUUUUAGGCCGUACAUAGUCGUCGACUACUUUAAGCGGAUCGAAUUUCAGCACCGCGGGUCGGCACACGCGCACAUUCUCCUUUGGCUUCAUAACGCGCCCAACGAGGAGCUCUCGAUGCUCAUGCCCCAGACUCUUGAAAUAGCCAACGUUCUGCUUUCCAUCGACAACGGAUGCUUGAAGCGGGAGCGGACUCAGGUGCACCAACACACGCAUACCUGCUACAAGCACAACACCACCAGAUGCCGCUUUAACGCGCCUUUUAUGCCCAUCGAUGAAUGUAUGGUCGUAGUGCCUUUCCCCACUGUGGACAAUGAAGCGCAGAAGAAGAAAAUCGAGAGCCUCCUAAACAAGUACGAGGCCAUGCAUCAGGCCCUGGAAACGACAAAUUAUGACUCCAUGGAGCAGUUUUGGGAACAUCACGGUGUCGCGGACAAGGCGGAGUACAUUUCUGUUCUCCGAGCAGGCACUCCUCGUGCCACCAUCAUGCUACCCCGUACUGUGCAGCAAAAGUGGGUGAAUUACUUUAACCCAUGGGUUGCAUCAAUUCUCGAUUCUAACAUGGAUCUUCAGAUCGUCCUCGACACGUACGCGUGUGCUGCCUACGUGGUGGAAUAUGUAAACAAGGCCAACCGAGGUAUGUCGAACCUCAAUCGAGCAGUGCAAGAAAUUGUGAAGGAGAAGGGGGAUAUUUCCUAUUCUCAGGCACUGAGACAUCUAGGUGUGAAAAUGUUGAAUGCCAUUGAACUGUCCGCACAGGAGGCCGCCUGGUGUUUGCUCAACCAGGAUAUGUCGGAGGCGAGUCGCAAAGUUGUCUUCGUGAACUCUGCAUGGCCCGAGGAAAGGACGCGCAUUCGGAAGUCUAACGCUCAGAUGGCGCAGGAAGGCUUAGUAGAAUCAAGCACUGAUGUAUGGAAACGGACGAUGAUCGAGCGCUACGAAGACCGCAUUCCCGAAUUGGAACCUGUUACUCAAGCAGAGUUCGCUACCGAGUACAACAUAUAUACCUACAAAAAGAGGAAUCAGCGACGGAUACUUCGCUACCGCGGUUACUCCGUAGACGAUUCAGUCAACUUCAAGCGAGAACAUGUCCUGCUUUUCUAUCCAUUCCGCAAAGAAGUUGACAUCUUAGACCAAAACUGUUUCGAGCGUCUGUAUGAGCAAAACAUCGACGUCAUUCUAGAGAACAAGGCACGGUACCACAGUGACGUAGACAUUGAGCAAAUUCGUGCCGUUUGUAAUUCCAUGCUCCAGUCAAAUGACGGGGAACAUUGUGCCACUUCUGAGCUCCCAGAUGUGAGACUGCACCCGAUGGCCAUGGAAAACGACGACUCCGAUCUCCUAGACAUCGGUAUGGUCCAAUCCAAUGCCCCGUUUAAGCAGUGCCCCGCCGUGUGCACGCGCCAAGACGUCAUGAGCAGAGAUCAGUACCUGGACACAAUGCGCAAGACGAAUGAGGAGCAGUACGAGAUCGUCCGAGAAGUCGUGCAUAGACUCACUAUACCGGACUCUCCGCCACUACAAAUCUUCUUCACGGGAGUGGCUGGAUGUGGGAAGACAUUUGUACUGCGUCUCAUCAUGGACGUCUACAACAGAUAUUGCAACCCUGCUGGUUCAGAUAAUGUAAACGCCUAUGUUGCCUGUGCUACAACUGGAAAAGCGGCGGUCGCGCUUGGUGGAAUAACUGUACAUGCAGCGUUCAGACUUACCAUCAAUAGGGAUGGCGGACUCCGGGACAACGAGUUGAACACGUUCCGCUAUGCGUUCAGGAACGUCAGGUGCGUGAUUAUCGAUGAGGUUAGCAUGAUGUCCGCCGACAUCCUUCAGAAAGUGGACUCGCGACUCCGCAUCAUCACUUGCAAAUAUCUAGAGCCUUUCGGCGGGUUAGACAUCAUCCUCUGCGGAGACCUGCGCCAGCUUCCCCCCGUUCGUGCCGCCGAGGUUUUCAAGCGCGUCAAGACGAACAGUGUGUUUAACACGGAAAUCGCAUGGCACCAUUUGUCAUACUUUGUCCUCACGAAGGUCGUAAGGCAAAGCGAUCUCAGGUUUUCCACCAUACUUACCAAAAUUGGAGACGGUGCAGAAUUGGGUUCCGAAGAAAUCGCAUUGAUCCAGAGUCGGUUCGUCACGCAACAACAAGCAGAAACGUGUUGUCCCGGUGGCAUCCGCUUGUACUACUCCAACAAGGAAUCGGACUACUACAAUACGAACACGGCCAUUGCAACCGAAGAUAAUUGUGUGGCAUGUCCGGCACGGGACACAAUCGUUGGAUUCAGGUCUAUGCAGGAGAAGACAGAGGCAAUGCGCAAGGCCGAAACGCUGCCCAAGGCCGAACUCGGAAACCUGCCAGCUAAUAUAAUGCUAUGCAUUGGAAAACCAUAUAUGCUCACACUCAAUGUCGAUGUUUCCGAUGGUCUGGUCAAUGGCUCUGUUGGAAUACUGCAGUACAUACAAUACGAUACGCUCCGAGAGCCGGAACGCAUCUGGCUGCAUUUCGACAUCAACGGGCUCUACCUCACCAAUGUGGACAAUGACUUUACGUUCUACCACGGCAAGCCCAAUCCCGACAGGGUACUACUUGAUGAGUUUCGUCGGCUGCAGUCACACAAACUCCAAACUGUCACUGCUAAGUGCUACGCAAUGAUUAAGCAACCGCACUUGUUCUCGGUCGCCGCACUUAAUGUUCGCUCUCUGCCGGCGCAUUCCAAGGACGUGCACCACGACCCCGUCCUACGCCAUGCAUCUGUACUUUGCCUCUCGGAAACGUGGAUGGAUUCAAAACAGGCGGUAGAAAUCAUGGACUACCAGUACUGCUGCGGCGUCAGUAGAGAGCACAACAGAGCGGCAGGGGUGGCCAUCUACGUGCGUAAGGCUCACACCGCUGUGACGACCUCUCGAAACACGUGCAUAGACCUCGUCUUUCAAAAUGAGCCUUUGGUCCAUCACCUGGAACACAUAUCCUGCCACUUCUCAGAUCACAAGGCUUCCUUCAUAACAAUCAAGGACUGGGAUAAGAGUGCUAUUUAA